GAAAAAAUCAAUAAUAAUCGUAAACAACUUAUUGAAUGCAUUGAAUAAUUAUUAAUAUAUUUAACAUUCACACACUUAACAUGAAGUAAAUGAUUGAUAAGCAAACAACGGUUCAUAACAUUGAAUGAACAGACACCACAUGAAUCGGACAGCAGUGAAAAAUGCUACCAAAAAAAGACAACAACAGACUCGCCAACAAAAGAUGGUCCGACAGCCGGGCCUCAAACGGACACGUAGUCGCAGUCGGACAACUGUCAAUCAUUUGAAAUCUGGUGACAGUAUUCAGAUUAACUUUUCCGGCGAUGACAGCAAUUCGAGUGGUAGUCAUCUCAACAAUGCAAACAUUGACAGCAAUUUGUUGUCCAACUGGAGUUUUCCGUCGUCCAUACAUCGGUUUUAUGCCCGUAAAGGCAUUACCCGAUUGUUUGAUUGGCAGGUGGAAUGUCUUAGCAAAAGUGGAGUUCUCGAAGGCCGUAAUCUGGUAUACUCGGCGCCUACAAGUGCCGGCAAAUCAAUGGUUUCCGAUAUCUUGUUAUAUAAGCAAUUGUUAGAACACAAGAAGAAGGCUAUCAUUAUAUUGCCAUUUGUUUCGGUAACCCAGGAGAAGAUGUUAUCGUUGAAACGUGUCCUGCGAUCGGUUGGCGUUCGUGUUGACGCAUUUGCCGGCGGUGUUAACCCCCGAGGAGGACUGGCCAGAGUUGAUGUAGCCGUGUGUACCAUAGAGAAGGCGAAUAAUAUGAUUAACAAAUUGAUUGAAGACAACAAACUCAAUGAAAUUGGUCUCAUUGUUGUCGAUGAACUUCAUAUGAUAGGCAGCUCUGGACGAGGAUUUCUGUUGGAGUUAUUGUUAACGAAAAUAUUGUUUAUGAAAUCAAAAGUCAAUCACAAAAUACAAAUCGUAGGAAUGAGUGCUACGAUUCCUAAUCUCAAAGAUAUUGCCAAUUGGCUCGACUCAGCCCUCUAUGUAACCGACUUCAGGCCCGUUCCUCUCUACGAAAGAGUCUGUAUCGGCGAUAUUAUCUAUGAUUCAUCGGAAAUGAAUGAAUACCGGCGUUUGGAUAUCAAAGACUAUAAUAUUAGGAGAAGUGAUGGAACUGACGAUACGAAUCUGGUCUAUUUGGCCAUCGAGACAAUGGUCAACAGUUUGGGUGCACUGAUCUUUUGUUCAACAAAAGCCCAGUGCGAGAAACUGUGCCGUACGCUGGCAUCAAACAUCUUCGAGUUGGGCGCCGGCAAGAAAAUAGCCAACGAUAAGACACGCGACUAUAGGUCAAAGAUCUCAUCCGUACUCGACUACAAUAAGAUUAAAGAACUUCUUCAUCAGUUGGAACGAUGUUCUGCUGGCAAAGAUCCGUCAAUUGAAGCUAAUAUACGUUUCGGUGUUGGCUUUCAUCACGCAGGCCUAUCGAUGGACGAACGGGCUAUCAUUGAACAGGCAUUUCGUGACGGCGUCAUUAAGAUUUUGUGCGCCACAUCGACACUGUCGGCCGGUGUUAAUCUUCCCGCACGACUUGUCAUUAUUCGGUCGCCACUAGAUUUUCGCGGAAAUAUGAUGGACAGUCUAACCUAUCGACAAAUGAUCGGUAGAGCCGGCCGUCAAGGUGUUGACACUAUGGGUGAGAGUAUACUCAUGUGCUCUGAUAGCAAUCGCCAGAAAGCUGAAGAACUAUUGCGUAACGGUUUAACACCAAUCAAUAGUUGUCUUCUAAACACCGAUAUUACCGAUUCUCAGUCAAAUGUCUCCGAUUAUUCAUUUAGUGGUCUUAGACGAGCCAUACUUGAGAUUAUUGCUAACGGAACAGCCGUCACAUAUGAAGAUAUUUCUGAAUAUAUUUCUAAGACAUUCUUGGCAUCGACCAGUUUGUCAUCGAUAACGAGAUCCAUCAUUGAAGACAUUCUUAAAUAUCUGAGCGAUGAAAAACUCAUACACAGUUUGUCCGAGGGUUCCGAUGGCAGCCAACAAAAGAUAACUCCCACCCAAUUCGGUAAAGCCGUAUUGGCGUCGGGUAUCUCACCGAAAGACGGAGCAUUCAUAUUGAGCGAACUGAACAAAGCCAAAGUCAAUCUUUGUUUAGCCAACGAUUUGCAUCUACUGUACGAAGUGACACCAAUCAAUUUAAGUGAUCAAUUAGACUCUAUCGAUUGGCCACACUAUCUGGAUAUUUGGUCCAAACUGGAUGUCGAUAUGCGGCGUGUAGGCAAACUGGUCGGUGUGUCGGAGAAUACCAUACUGACUAUGAUUCGCAAGAGUCGACAUUUUCGUCCCGAAGAACAUCUAAUACACAAACGAUUUUACUCAGCACUAGCUUUGCAUGAUUUGGUACACGAAAUACCGCUCAAAGAAGUGGCCAACAAAUUCAAAAUAUCGAAAGGUGUUCUCCAAUCGAUGCAACAAAAUUCUAGUAGUUUUGCCGGAAUGUUGACCACAUUUUGCAAUCGUCUCGGUUGGCAUAAUAUGGAAAUACUAAUCGAACAGUUCCAGAGUCGACUAUUUUUUGGUGUCCAACGAGAGCUCAUUGAUCUAAUGAGAAUUGCAUCGCUAACGUCAAACAUUGCUCGUAUUCUCUACAAUAAAGGCUACGAUACGGUCGUAUCGUUGGCUAAUGUCGAAAAUGUUUCGGAUAUUGAACUGAUUCUUAUGAAUUCGGGUCCGUUCGACAAAACUAAUUCUGCGGAACAGUCGGUCAUUUGGCUGCCGACUCUCAACAAAGCCAUGAAUGUACGCGAAAUGGUCAAAGCCAUCAUCUAUGAGGCCAAAGAACUGGUCAACAAAGAUGUCGGCAUUAAGGUCUAUGAUUUAAGUCAAGCCUCGAGUACAGACUCUAAUCCUAGCGAUCGUUUAGCCGAAGACUUUUCCGAUGAGUCCAAUGAUGUUCAUCAACAGCCAAAAAUUGAUACAAAUUUUACGAAACUCUUGUCACAGCCGAAGAAGUCGUUGAUCGACACUAAUAAUGUUAAAGAAAAUUGUAUCGACAAUAGUGACGAUAGCAUAGAAGACAUGUCUUUUAUUGAACAACAAUCCACUGAGACUACAAAAUGUGAUAAUAAUAUUAUUAACGGCGGCGUUGUGUCGCCAAACAGAUCUCAUCCACAACAACAGUCCUCAACAACUGUACCAACAGUGUUGUCACCCAUGGAUUGUUUGUCCAAUACAUCCACCCAUCAUAACGAUCAUCUUACAGAAUCUGAUCCCAGACUACCCUCCACUAUGUCGUCGACACCGAUUGCCGGGCCCUCACAUAUUGGCCGACGAUCUCAUUUGAAACUAAAGUGUGGCAACACUUCACUAUCAUUUGGAAACAUUGAUAAUAAUACUAAUACUAAUAGAGUACUAAAGGAUGAGUCGUUUGGCGCUUUUACCGAUAGUUUAGACGAUAUCUCAUGGGAUCGACUUAACUGUGAUUUGAAUAAAAUGAACGAAAGUCAUAGUCACAGAUGUGAUGAUUCAAACGCUGCUGAAGUAUCAAUGAAAGACAUAUCGACUCUGAGCACAGAUUUGUUGGCCAAUCGUUGUCCAGAACAAGAAAUAGUGGACAACGAAGAUUGUGAUACUAUAGGCAGUCGAUCGUCAUCUGAUCACUCGUCCAAACGAUUUUCCAGUCCAAGUCCUUCAGGAAAAUUAGCCGAACGUCUCAAUAAAAGACCAUUUUCUGUAUCAUCAGAUACUUCGGUGACAUCCGAAGAUUGUUUUAGCGACAGUUUUCCGCCAUUAUCUGAUGAUUCAUUGGAUUCGGAAAAGUCUGGCCAAUCGGACGCCAGUUCGGUGGUCAAUAAAUCAGAGUUCGCGGUCAUUAAUAUUGGCGACAAACUAAACGUUUUGACUAUAAACUCAUCAAACGUAUCAAUAAUUGAUAAUUUGUUAAACAAAUUGUGGCUCAAGAAGGUGUUGGCCAUUGAUUUCAAAGUUGAAACAAAAAACAUUACUUCUGUCCGAUUGAUCGGUUCGAGAAUUAAUCCGCGAUUGAAGUCUAAUAAUGAUUCGACUUUGAAUGGUUUGGAUUUGGGUUAUGAUAAUAAAGUGAUGACUUCGGUAACAGUUAACUUCGAGGGUGAAAACAUUGUCUAUCAUAUCGAAUCCAUUGAUGCACUCAACAAAUUUAGAGACAAUUUUAAGACUAAACUCAAGAAUGAGUCGAAAAUUGUUACAUUUGAUAUCAAUAUGUGUUAUAAAGUAUUGAAAAUAUGUUUCAAUUUAAGUGCGGAUCAGUUGUCAUCGAUCGAUUGGUACGAUGUCCGGGUUGGCCACUGGGUAGUAGAUCCCGAAUCAUCACGACCGACGUCUGUACAGCAAUUGGUGAAGAUUUACUGCGAAAAGUAUAGCUAUUUGUUGCGAACUAAGAUUGUGGACAUAGACUGUCUGUCCAUUGGUCUACUUUUUCCGAUAAUGAACUCCAUAUUAACUGAAUUAGAAACGAAACAUCAAUUAAAAGCCUAUAUGAAGACAGAGAUGUCAUCGCGUUUGACGGUAUCAGACAUGGAAUUGAAUGGACUGGUGGUUGAUAAUGACUAUAUGAGCAAACAGUUGGAUCUGCUGGAGGAAACCAAACGCCAGUUAGAGGCCAAAGCUUAUGAGAUAUCAGGCGUAAGGUUUGCACUGUCAAAGCCACACGAAAUCGCUAAAGUUUUAUAUCAAGACAUGAAGUUAUUGUCCAACUAUUAUGACAUCAAAAAGAAUACGAAAACGACAGCCAAAGCAGUAGGUGGUGGUAAUGUCCGUAACAAUAGAAAACUACCGAAACAUUUGAGUACAUCGAAGUUGGCACUGAAGAAACUGAUCGCAUUGACCUCAAAUCCAUUACCACAAGUGAUACUCGAUUGGCGUAAAGUUGAUUACGCUAUGAAAAAGUCCAUUAAACCAGUAAAGAAUUAUCUCACUUAUGACACUGAUUUGGAUUUGUAUAAAAUCUAUGGUCUGUGCGAUGACUGGACAUCAACCGGCAGGAUAUCAAUGCAUGAGCCAAAUCUUAUUGGUGUUAAUAAAGAUUUUACUGUCGAUGACAUCAUUUUAGAUGAUAAUGAUAGCCAACAGACAACUGUUUCGUUUAGUUUGAGACAAUGUUUUAUCUCUCGAAUGGGUUGGCAGUUAGUGUCCGCCGAUUACUCGCAGUUAGAGCUUAGGAUUUUGGCUCAUCUGUCCAAAGAUGCAAAACUACAAGAAGUACUCAACAGUGGCGGCGAUGUCUUCAAAAGUAUUGCAUCCGUUUGGCGAACGAAACCAAUCGAUGAGGUGACCGAUGAUGAGAGACAACAAUCUAAACAAAUAUGUUACGGAAUGAUAUACGGAAAGGGAGAACAAUCACUGGCUGAAGAUCUGGAGAUUACCGAAGAUGAGGCUAAAGAGUUUAUGGAGUCGUUUAUUGGCAGAUAUGAAGGCGUCAAAAGAUUUAUUACCAGAACUGUCGAUAAGUGUCGGGAAAAAGGUUAUAUCGAGACGUUGAGCGGUCGACGCCGUUAUUUGUCGAACAUUAACAGUUCGAAUUCGAUGUUGAGGUCAAAAGCCGAAAGACAAGCCGUUAACUCUACUAUUCAGGGAUCGGCUGCCGAUCUCGUGAAGAUGGCUAUGAAUUCGAUGAAAGAAAAUCUAUUGAAUACCAUAAAACCAAUUGAGUGUCGAUUUGUAUUACAAAUGUAUGACGAAUUGAUGUAUGAAGUACUGGAACGGGAUGUCCAAUCAUUUGUUAAGUGUCUUCAAGACUCUAUGGAAAGAUGUCUGAAAAACUUUUCAGUCGACCUACCGGUUCGCGUAAAAGUUGGUCCCAAUUGGGCUCAACUUAAACCUAUUAAUUAA